AGCUUAUAUUUUAUGUGAUUAAUGAAAUUGAAAAUUACCAAGCGACGAUAAAGAUUAAAUUGUUUAAAAUGUAUAUGAUUAAUAUGAAAAAUAAUAAAAUGAAAUGAUAUCAUAGUUAAAUUGGGAAUGUGAAAGUGAGGGACAUGAAGAACGCAGUGAAGAUCGGAGGUUGGAAGGAGAGAGUGUAAUAAUAGGAAAAGUAGGUGAGGGAUUGAUCCGGAAGGAAAGGAAUGGGCUUGGUGAAGAGGAGUGUAUUUAAAUGGAAGGGGAGGAAGAGGAAGAACAUCGAUCCAAGAACAAGAGGAACAACAUCGUUCCAAGAACAAGAGGAACAACAUCGUUAAUCGAUAAUGGCGUUGCUGGUGGAGAAAACAAGCAGUGGGAGGGAGUACAAGGUUAAGGACAUGAGCCUCGCCGACUUCGGAAGAUUGGAGAUUGAGCUGGCGGAGGUUGAAAUGCCGGGUCUCAUCUCCUGCCGCAAGGAAUACGGACCCUCUCAGCCCUUCAAAGGAACCAGGAUCACUGGCUCCCUCCACAUGACCAUCCAAACCGCCGUCCUCAUCGAGACCCUCACUGCCCUCGGCGCUGAGGUUCGCUGGUGCUCCUGCAACAUCUUCUCCACCCAGGACCACGCUGCCGCUGCCAUCGCCCGCGACAGCGCCGCCGUCUUCGCCUGGAAGGGCGAGACCCUCCAGGAAUACUGGUGGUGCACCGAGCGCGCCCUCGAUUGGGGCCCCGACGGUGGCCCCGAUCUCAUCGUCGACGACGGCGGUGACACCACUCUCCUCAUUCACGAAGGUGUAAAGGCGGAGCAGGCCUACGAGAAGACGGGACAGUUUCCGGACCCCUCCUCCUCUGACAACGCCGAGUUCCAGAUCGUGCUCACCAUCAUCAAGGAGGGCUUGAAGACCGAUCCCAAGAAGUACCACAAGAUGAAGGACAGACUGGUGGGCGUCUCCGAAGAAACCACCACCGGUGUCAAGAGGCUCUACCAGAUGCAGGCCAACGGCACCCUCUUGUUCCCAGCCAUCAAUGUCAAUGACUCUGUCACCAAGAGCAAGUUCGAUAACCUGUAUGGUUGCCGUCACUCCCUCCCCGAUGGACUUAUGCGAUCCACUGACGUGAUGAUCGCCGGUAAGGUUGCCGUUGUUUGUGGUUAUGGAGAUGUUGGGAAGGGUUGCGCCGCUGCCAUGAAGCAGGCCGGGGCUCGUGUGAUUGUGACGGAGAUCGAUCCCAUCUGUGCUCUUCAGGCUAUGAUGGAGGGUCUUCAGGUUCUCACCCUGGAGGAGGUUGUCUCUGAAGCGGACAUCUUCGUGACCACCACCGGGAACAAGGACAUCAUCAUGGUGAGCCACAUGAAGAAAAUGAAGAACAACGCGAUCGUGUGCAACAUUGGGCACUUCGACAAUGAAAUCGACAUGAUGGGGCUUGAGAACUACCCUGGUGUGAAGCGCAUCAGUAUUAAGCCUCAAACCGACAGAUGGGUUUUCCCCGAGACGAAGACAGGCAUCAUUGUGUUGGCCGAGGGUCGUCUGAUGAACUUGGGGUGUGCGACGGGCCACCCCAGCUUUGUGAUGUCUUGUUCCUUCACGAACCAGGUCAUCGCUCAGCUUGAGCUGUGGAAGGAGAAGGGUACUGGCAAGUACGAAAACAAGGUUUAUGUUUUGCCCAAACAGCUUGAUGAGAAAGUUGCUGCCCUCCACCUUGGCCAGCUAGGAGCUAAGCUCACCAAGCUCACCAAAGAUCAGGCCGAUUACAUCAGUGUCCCUGUUGAGGGUCCAUACAAGCCUGCUCAUUACAGGUACUGAUCAGAGGGACAAUCAAGACAAACAUUCUUUUUCAAAUUUCUGAUAGAAUAGAAGCUUCUUUGUAUUUUUUCUUUUCCUAGGAUCACAAUACGACCAAAUGGGUCUCAAUAAGGCUUUCGCUGCGGCUGUGUGAGUUAUGAUUUAGCAGCUAUCAUAUUUAUUCUAGUGCAUCUUUCAUAUUCGAAACAGAAUAUGCAAGAAAUCUUGUUAUUUUGA